AUGGAGAAAUUUGGUUUGUCUGGUAAACUUCCUUCUUUUGGAAGAGUCACACACAAUGUUGCACCUCCCAACAUGUCUAAUGUAGACAUGACACCACGUAGAUUAAGGGUUGCCAAUUGCCCUAAUAAUGCGUUCGCUUUAGCCAACGUGGCCGCAGUAUCGGGGGCUGAUUUCCCAGAGAAUAUUUACAUUGUCGUUGAUAAUCUGUUUGUUUUUACCACCAGACAUUCCAACGAUGUCCAACCAGGAACUAUUGGUUUCAACGGUAAUCAACGUACGUGGGGUGGGUGGUCGCUAAAUCAAGAUAUCCAAGCUAAAGCAUUCGAUCUUUUCCAAUACAGCGGAAAACAUCCAUAUUUGGGCUCUCUGGAUUUAGAAAUUUCGUUUAGGUCUAAGGGAAAGGCGGUCGAUACCCAGUUUGACCAAGAUGAUUUGGCAAAACAGUUUUUGAAAAGUUUCGAAUCGCAAAUCUUCUCACCCACACAGUAUUUGAUUUUUGAAUUCAAAGGCCAUAUAUUUGACUUAAAAGUUCGUGGAUUACAGACAAUUGAUCUUGGGGAUGUGGAAGUGGUAGCGCCUGUUUCCACAGGAAUUGAAAGUAAAGGAAUUCUCAUCAAGCAAACGCAGAUUAACUUCUUCAAAGGAAGAGAUGGACUUGUGAACUUGAAAUCCACGAAUUCUCUAAGACCCAGAUCUGACGCAGUUAUUCGGCCUGAUUUCAAGUUUGAAGACCUAGGUGUCGGAGGUCUGGAUAAAGAAUUUACUAAGAUUUUCAGAAGAGCUUUCGCUAGUAGAAUAUUUCCUCCAGCGGUUAUUGAAAAAUUAGGUAUCUCUCACGUUAAAGGUUUACUUUUGUAUGGACCCCCAGGAACAGGUAAAACACUUAUUGCCCGUAAAAUUGGCACCAUGCUGAAUGCAAGGGAACCUAAGAUUGUAAACGGUCCAGAAAUUUUGAGCAAAUACGUUGGCUCUUCAGAAGAGAAUAUCCGUAAUCUUUUCAAGGAUGCAGAAGCAGAAUACAAGGCGAAGGGUGAAGAAUCUUCUCUGCACAUCAUUAUCUUCGAUGAAUUGGACUCUGUAUUCAAACAGAGAGGCUCUAGGGGUGACGGAACCGGUGUUGGUGAUAAUGUUGUUAAUCAAUUAUUGGCCAAAAUGGAUGGUGUUGAUCAACUCAACAACAUUUUAGUAAUUGGUAUGACAAACCGUAGGGAUCUUAUUGACAGUGCAUUGCUGCGUCCCGGAAGAUUUGAGGUGCAAGUUGAGAUUCAAUUACCAGAUGAACAAGGCAGAGUUCAAAUUUUUGAGAUUCAAACCAAGAAAAUGAGAGAAAAUAAUAUGCUAGCCCCAGACGUCGAUUUAAAAGAGUUGGCCGCUUUAACCAAAAACUUCUCGGGUGCUGAAAUUGAGGGUCUUGUCAAGAGUGCUAGUUCCUUCGCGAUUAACAAGACAGUUAACAUUGGCAAAGGCAGUACAAAAUUGAAUACAAAAGACAUCGCUAACAUGAAGGUCACCAUGCAGGACUUCCGUAAUGCGCUGGACGAAGUUACCCCUGCCUUUGGUAUAAGCGAAGAGGAUCUAAAGACCUGUGUUGAAGGUGGUAUCAUUCGUUAUUCUCCUAGAGUAGACGACAUCUUGAAAAAUGGUCACCGUUAUGUUCGCCAGGUAAGGGACAGUGAUAAAUCUAGGCUUGUCUCCUUACUAGUUCACGGCCCAGCGGGUUCAGGUAAAACUGCGCUUGCCGCUGCAAUUGCUUUGAAAUCAGAAUUCCCCUUCAUCAGAUUAAUUUCACCGGAGGAGAUUGCUGGUAUGUCAGAAAGCGCCAAAAUUGCGUAUAUCGACAGUACAUUCAGAGACGCGUAUAAGUCGCCGCUUAAUAUCCUUGUUGUUGACUCGAUAGAAACGCUAGUAGAUUGGGUUCCAAUUGGUCCGCGCUUUUCUAACAAUAUCUUACAAGUUUUGAAAGUGUACCUAAAAAGAAAGCCUCCCAAGAACCGUCGCCUACUUCUAAUUUCUACGACUUCAGCUUAUUCUGUACUACAGCAAAUGGAUAUCCUGAGUUGCUUCGAUAAUGAAAUAGCAGUUCCAAACAUCACAAACCUAGAUGAAUUUAACAAUGUCAUGAUCGAGUCCAAUUUCUUGGAUGAUGCCGGAAGAGUCCAGGUUUUAAACGCGCUAGCUAAAUUGGGCCCUCAUUUAAACAUAGGUAUCAAAAGAGCUCUCACCAAUAUUGAAACGGCAAGACAUGACGAAAACUCGGUGAGCGAGAUCAUAGAUUUGAUGGCUCAGGCAGUAUGA